AUGUCUCCAGUUGCCCGACAAACUCAAGAAUCUACGUCUCCUCGACCGGUUCGAAAGGUCAGGGCCUGUACGGGAUGUAGGAGUCUCAAGAUAAAAUGCAGGAUGCCCCAGCAUGGGCCGCCAUGCGCGAGGUGUCAAUCAAGGACUCUCCAGUGUCGUGUAGACAGGAAUCCUCAAUCCUUGCUUGACGAGAGCGAUAAAUGGAGGAGAACUGUAUCUGGGAACGUCUCUCAGCUCCAGACAGCCGUCAAUGUGCUCCUGAGGAUGGCUGAGCUGCCUGCCCUCGCCUCGUACGAUCGCUCGGAUAACGACCAAACGCCAGCAGCAGCAGCAGCAGAUGAGUCUGAUGCAUUAAUGCAGCCGGCUCCUAUCGCAACGGCCGCGGAUGAAGUCGAAACAGACAUAUAUGGUUCCCCCAUCAACUCCCUCUACCAGCUCACGCGCAUGCCUUCUACCGAUGGUGGGAGUAAUGGUGCGGUAUCGCAAGAUAUCGAGCCCGCUAAUGACUUCAUUUCACGGGGGUGCAUUGGAGAGAAUGCUGCGCGGCAUCUAUUUCGGCGGUUCGUCGACCGGUUCGAUCAUUUCUGCUAUGGGAUUAUAUGCCCUCAUGAGACGCUGGAUAGCCUGCGGCGCAGCUCGACGCUCUUGACUGCUGCGGUAUGCACAGUGGGUGCUCUACAUGAGGCAGAAAGGUCGACCGAUUUCACGGUCUGCCAUAAGGAACUUUUGAGAUUGUUGUCGACAAGGAUGCUCACGUACCGAUAUUCAGUCGAUGAUAUUCGGGCGCUCUUGGUCGCCUCUUACUGGCUAGGAAAUAUCUCCUAUACACUUAUCGGUCAUGCGAUUCGGACAGCGACGAUAUUGAACUACCACCAGGCGUAUUUUAUGGCAAUCAAAGGCGAUCAGAGAAGUUUUGAAAGGGCUAGGCUGUGGUAUGUUCUCUAUAUCAUGGAUCAUCAUUCAAGCAUCCUGUAUAGCCGCCCUGCCCUCAUCUCUGCCAACCAGGAACCCCAUCAGCAGUGGGAGCGAUUUAUUUCGAGCGAGCACGGCGGCGAGCCAGAUGUACGCAUGUCAAGCCAGGUUGCGCUUUAUCAUAUCAUCGCGAAGGUCAAGGACGUCUUCGGCAGCCAGUCCGCUCAGCUCCUACCAGACCAUUGCCUGUACCAGCUCCGUGGAUAUUUCUCCGAUCUCGAUCGAUGGUAUAUGGCCUGGGGGAACCGAAUGAAAACAAACCCCUACGUCGGGAACUUCCCCGUAGACGGGGCGAUUCUGCAUUACCACUUCGCACGCCUGCAUAUGUGCUCCUAUAUAUUCCGCGGCAUCACGAGCCAGACUGCUCAAAAUGUUUCGGAUCAGGUCAGAGAGUAUGCCAGUUUGGCUGUUACGUCAGCUACUGCUGUUCUCGAGUUGGUACUGGAACGGGACGACUUGCGCAAUGCCCUUGUCGGAAUGCCAGUCUACUUCCACGGCAUGAUUACCUUUGCAGCUGUUUUUCUCAUCAAGGCUGCUACUACGAAUUUCUUGGGUCUCACCACUGUCGAUGCGGAUGCGGCCUUUGCCUUGCUGGACAGGUGUGUCCGGGAACUGCGAUCUCAGCGUGCGGCUCGCCAGCACUUGAUUUAUCAUAUUAGUCGCGGGCUAGAGGAAAUGAUGGCCAGGGCGAGGCCAACCAUGAAUGAGAAUGGAGAGUCCGGCGGUAUAACAGCAACACAAGAGGAAGUGGCAGCUAUUGACUCGCUGUUUGCGCUGGAUACGUUUGAUCUUUUGCGGUAUCCGCUUGAAUAUAACGAAGAUGUUUUGGCGAAUGGGGACUACCAGUGGGCUGUUUAG